CUUACGUCACCAUCCCAAACAAACAUGGAAUAUCGGGGGUCUUUGGUUAUUAUUUCCACCUGUCUGGUUCUUCUAGUUUCGUGUUUUCUAGCAGGCUUGGAUGUAACGCUCCCGGUUAUGUACGUGACCGUGGCCGCGGUGCUGUGGCUAUGUUGGGGCUGGCUGCGGCGGCGGGAUGGCGGGACUCACCAGCGGGUGUGUGUGCUGGUGUUGGGGGACAUCGGCCGCAGUCCUCGGAUGCAGUAUCACGCUUUGUCCCUCAGCAAGCACGGAUACCAGGUUACCUUGGUGGGGUUUUUAGGUUCCAGACCUCACCAGGGUGUACUCGAUAGAAAGAAAAUUCAAAUUGUGGCGAUCUCAGAAGUAAAAGGACUUCAAGCUGGACCGAAGCUCUUGACGUAUGCGGUGAAGGUGGUGGUUCAGUCAUUGCAGCUUCUUCGCCUGCUGCUGACGAUGAAGCUGCAGGCUCAUCUUCUGAUGCAGAAUCCUCCUGGGCUGCCCGGUAUAGCUGUGGCGUGGCUCGUGUGCGCCCUGCGUGGCACCACGUUCAUCAUCGACUGGCACAACUACGGCUACACCAUCAUGGCUCUGAGCCUUGGAGCGGCGCAUCCGGUGGUCCGCUUGGCCAAGUGGUACGAGCACCUCUUUGGGCGUCUCUCCACCCUCAACCUGUGUGUCACAAAUGCCAUGAAGAAUGAUUUACAGAAAAACUGGGGCAUCGAGGCGACGACUCUCCAUGACCGACCCGCCUCCGUCUUUGGAAAGACUUCUCUGAAUCUGCAGCAUGAGCUCUUCUGUAGACUCGCCAACACUUAUCCUGAGUUCCAGCACCCAGGGUCCGUCGGCGAGGAAACAAAAGCAGAGGCGACCGUCUUUACAGUCUGUAGUCCGAACGACGGUUCUGUGACUCUGUGGAGGGAUCGCCCGGCGCUGCUGGUCAGCAGCACCAGCUGGACGGAGGACGAAGACUUCUCCAUCCUGCUUAAGGCUCUAGAAGAAUACGAAGGUUACAUCAGAGGAGGGUCUUUGUUGCCGUCGUUGGUCUGUGUGAUCACAGGUAAGGGUCCUCAGAAGGAACACUACAGGAAGCUCAUAGACUCUCUGCACUUGGAUCAUGUGAAGAUCUGCACCCCCUGGUUGGAGGCUGAGGAUUAUCCACUCCUAUUAGGUUCUUCAGAUUUAGGAGUUUGUCUCCACAAGUCGUCGAGCGGUUUGGACCUUCCCAUGAAGGUGGUGGACAUGUUUGGCUGCUGCCUUCCUGUUUGUGCGAUCAGCUUUAACAGUUUACCCGAGCUAGUGAAGCACGAUGAGAACGGACUGAUCUUCAGAGACUCGGCGGAGCUUGCUGAACAGCUAAAGGUGAGAGCAGCAGGAGCAACGAUCACCUCCAUUUAGUUUAACCACUUCCAUCCAUUCCUGCAGUUCAGGCUGAAACACGUUCCAGUAAAAGUCUGAUCAUUCAGUAAAGUUCGGCAACUCAUCCAUUCCUUCUCAGACACGCUAAGAUCCAGGAAACAAGAGUUUCAGGGGUUUUAAUCCAGUUCUUCCUGUAAAAGUGUCCCAACAGAGUCGUCCUCGUCUCACCUUUUGAUUCAGAUUUUUGUCCCAACCAUUCUUCCUGUCCCGUCCCAGAGUCUGAUGGUCUGUGCUGCAGCCUGAGUCACAGGAAUCGAUGAACAUUAUAAUAAGUUAAACUUGAGACAAAAUUAGACUCUUCCUGGUUUCAUUCUGUUCA